AUGCACCCGCGCAUUGCCCUCUCCGUCAGACGUCUCCCGUCCCAGGCAAGCAAGAGAUGCAAUUUUUCCAGCUCUCCGGUCCGACUCCACAGCAAUAGCAACAACAACCCCCUGAGCCAGACAGCAGCUGAGCGGCGCUCUAUAUCCUUGCCUAAGAAUGCUACGUAUUCUGCCGGCUCCGCGCGCAACGUGCAAUCAGCUGCCGUCGUCGCUCCGACGGCCAGUGCAGAAACGCGGGCAUUGCGCAGACCGGACAACUUAUUCCACCAUUAUUCGUCCUCUCCUUCGUCGAUUAUAAGGAAACGCGCUGCAUUUAUCAAGCAAAACGCCUGUUGUCCGCAUCCAAGCCACCAGCAGACUCGCGUCACUACCUCAGAGAAAAACGAGCCGACUGGAAACCUGCCCCCGGCACAUUCAAACUUUGAGUGUCCCGACUGCGGCGUGCCACUGUACUGCUCGGAAGAGCACUGGAUGGACGACUACGAAGCGCACCUCGAAGUUUGUGAAACAAUUCGCCAGAUCAACGAGGAUGACCACGACUUGGUGUCUGGACGCUUCUUCCCGGAAUUCUCGUACCCGGGUCCGCAGGAUGACAAUUUUGUUGUCAACAUGACGAACUGGGAUACUUUUCUGUAUACGCGCGAGUUUGAGGCGAUAGAUAACGAAAGGAGCAUGAGACAGGUCACGCGGAUGCUGACAUACCCAACUACGAUUGCCAGUGUUAUACACGAGUUGAGUCCCUAUACCGUGCGUUCGGGGGGAAGACUGACACCGGAGGGAUUGAAAAGUUUGACAGCACUCCGUUACACCCUUCACCCACCCAAACAAGGAGAAGGCAAAGAUAUUCGAGGCCUACGACUUAAAGCGCCUCCGGUCCGCAUAUUUAUUCUUGGAGCACGCGCAGAGUCGUCACUGCCGCGAGAAGUGUGGCUUCAGCUUACACACAUGUUCCCCAACGCGCUCAUCAAUCUCAUCUUCAUUGGGCCGGAGAGCAUGGCCAACCGCGAUGACGAGUUUCCCUUACCGGAGCGCACGCCUGAGAACCCAUUCGGCGGCAUUGUCGAAGACCGCCUCGGCCCGCAGAUGAAGAUCACGACCUACGUAGACUACUUCCAUACGAUGCACGACGCGCAAUACUUCUACCCAUACGACCCUUACUUUGACUGCUUCAUGCUCUUCCACCCUGGUCUAGGCCACCCAGCUAGUUCGCACGAAUGGGAAGCUACGCUGCCCAAGCUACUUGAAACCAAAGUGCCCAUCAUCUGCACCGGUUAUACGGAAGGGGAUAUGGCGAGGGACAUCAAGUGGGUUCGCGAGAAGUGUGCGGGCGAGUUCGAUGUUCUUCUUGAGCCGGGCGAGAACCGGUUUAGGAGUCUGAGAUGGGAUCUAAACGAUCUUGAUCCGAGCGAUGUGUCGGCUGGGAACUGGGGAAUCUGGGCUUUUAGGGGGAAGAGAUACGAGGCCACGCAGAAAGAUACGAUUACCGGACCCCUCGAUCUCAAGAUAAGCGACCUCCCAACCCCUUCCCCAACAGCCUCUCAAUACCUCAUCCAAAUCCACUCCGCCGGCACAAACUUCUUCGACCUUCUCCAAAUACAGGGCAAAUACCAACACCAACCGCCAUUCCCAUGGAUAUCCGGCAUGGAAUUCGCCGGCACCGUUCUCGCAACGCCCACUUCUUCUUCUUCUUCUUCUUCUACAAGCUACAAAUAUAAAGUCGGCGACAGAGUCUUUGGCGCCACCCAAGGCGCCUACGCAACACAUAUCCUUGCAACGGAAGAAGCACUCUUCCCCGUGCCCCGGAAAUGGAGUUUCGAGGACGCCGCGGGCCUCUUCGUAACCGCGCCAACAUCCUACGGCGGCCUUGUUACGCGCGCCAACGUGCAGCCGGGAGAGUGGGUGCUGGUGCAUGCGGCGGCGGGGGGUGUUGGGUUGGCUGCGGUGCAGAUUGCGAAGGCCAAGGGUGCUACGGUUAUAGCUACGGCGGGGAGUGAGCGGAAGAUGCAGGUUGCGAGGGAGUUUGGGGCGGAUUAUGUGAUUAAUUAUCGGGGCGGCAGCAAGAACAGCGAUGCAAAGAACGGUGAUAAAGGUGAUGGUGGUGACUGGACCGAACAAGUCAAACAACUAUGCAAAACGCAUCGUACGGGAAACGGAAAAGCCGGCGUUGAUAUCGUCUACGACCCCGUCGGCCUGAUUGAGCAGAGUCUGAAAUGCGUUGCAUGGAACGCACGGCUGCUAGUCAUCGGGUUCGCGGCUGGGAAAAUCGAAAAGGUAGCGCUGAACAGAGUGUUGUUGAAGAACGUGAGCAUUGUUGGGCUGCAUUGGGGCCAGUAUGCGAAUUUCGAGAGGGAGACGGUGGACACGGUUUGGAGGGGGAUUUUCGAGCUUAUUGAGCAGGGCAAGUUUAGGGGCACGGCGUUUGCGGACGAGAGGUUUGUGGGCUUGGAGAGUGUGGCGAGGGCGUUGAGGGCGUUGGGAAGUAGAGAUACGUGGGGGAAGGUGGUUGUAAGGAUUGAGGAGAAAAGUCGGUUGUAA